AUUUCCAAAGUUUUAGACGAGUGGAAGCCUCGUUUCGCCAGUAUCCUCGAGGACAUUCUGGCCGGAGAGGUACCGGUGGGGAUUGGGGCGCAGUGUGCUUGUGGGCAAGCUCCCGCUACGGUACGUUGCGGCGACUGCCUGCAGGCGCCCCUGCAAUGCUGCUCGUGCCUCGUCUCCUCGCACGCCCGCAACCCUUUCCACUGGAUAGACAAGUGGACCGGCCGCUUUCUCGAGAAGCAGGAUCUCAGCGAUAUCGGUCUCGUUGUUUAUCUGGGCCACCAUGGGGAUCGCUGUCGUUAUCUUCGACCGACCGCAACCCCCAUCACGUACACGAUCACCCACAGUAACGGCAUACAUCGUGUACGACUUCACGAAUGUCAUUGUCCCCACAAGCUCGACACGGUAUCACAACUCCUCCGUGCUGGCCUCUUUCCGGCAACGUUGGAGCGCCCUGAGAGCGCGUUCACGUUCGACGUCCUUAGACAGUGGGAUCUCCAUUUCCUGGCGUCGAAGAAAGGAGCAUACGACUAUUUUGAGGCGCUGCGUCGGCUCACCGACAACUCGGGAACUCGCCCUGUAAAGAACCGAUAUCGUGAACUUAAUCUCAUAGGACGACUAUGGCAGCACCUAGUUGCGGAGAAAAGGGCUGGCCUGCACCAUGGGCUAUCUCUACCCAAUCGACGCGCCUCCAUCACGGUACCAUGUUUCGCAUGUCCGUGGCCAGGCUUCAACAUGCCCGUGAACUGGAAAGACACGCCGAAGGAUCUGUCCUAUGUACACGCGUGCGAGCUCGGAGGCGACGGUAACCACGGCCUCCAGAAGAAGUGCAAACGUGACGACCCGGACGACGUCAGUUUAUGCGAAGGCAAGGGUUACUUCGUCGACCCCAAGAAGAUGAAGAAUUACCUUGACGAGAUUGCGUCAGAACCGGCUGUAAGUACGAACACCCGUCUAGCUUCCUUCCUCGCGGACUCACAUGGUACGUGCAGCGGGUUCAAGGUUGGACGCGCUCAACGGCCAGGGAAGUUCCGCAACUUGGAGGUCAGCGGCGUCGUAGCCGUGAUAUGCAUACGGCAUGGCUGCUUUCGGCAGGGGGCCAUGGUCGACCUCCAGAAAGGCGAACGGUACGUCGUCCAUACAUUUAUCGAAUACCAGUGUGGUGUUUGA